AAGAUUACAAAGUAACGUCUCUCACUCUCUUUUGAUUCCUAAUCCUCUGCAGGUUCUCUCCCUUACCCAGAAAAGAACAGAAUAGAUAAUUUCUUGGUCGAGCAGAAAUUGGGUUGUGAAGAUAUGGAGAUUUAUAAAAGAUGGGUUAGAAGAAAUAGGGACUAUGUGCACUCCUUGGAGUCUCUUGCCAAUGGAUUGACAUGGCUUCUUCCUGAACGGUUUUCUGAGUCAGAGAUAGGACCAGAAGCAGUAACGACUAUUUUGGGCAUAAUUACUGCUCUCAAUGAACAUAUAAUUGAGACAACUCCAACCCAAAACGGCACAAUUUCCCUGGAGCCUUAUACAUUCCCUUAUUCAUUAUGUGUUUCUGCACUGAAGGACUUGGAAACCUUAGUCGAAGUUGUGGCCCAACAUUAUUAUGGCGAUAAUAAGAAAUGGAAUUUCAUUGCUAUUACAGAAGCUACCAAGGUCUUAGUUAGAUUAGCUUUGUUCCGGAACAGUGGAUACAAGAUGCUUCUGCAUGGAGGGGAGACAUUAAAUGUUGAAGAACCUUCAAAUAAUUUGAGUUAUCAGCAUAAAACUGGAAAUCCCUCAAACCCUGGUGGACAUUAUGUGCCUGGUUACUUAAAAAACAAUGGGCUGAACCCUUGGAAUCUAGAAGGAAAGGCUUUGUCUGCUUUGAACAGGUUCGGAGAAAGUGCCAGGAUGGUUUCUGAGCCUGCAUGGUUGCAGAGGAUUCAACGUCAGAAUUCAAUAAUGAAGGCGCAUAAAGCUCCAGUGAUUGAGAGGCCAACCCUUUCAUCACUAUUGUCUGAGAAGGGUAUUUAUGGGGCCUUGUUUGUGAUGGGAGAGGUGCUUUGUAUUACAAGACCACUUAUUUAUGUUUUGUUUAUCAGAAAAUAUGGAAUUAGAUCAUGGAUUCCUUGGUUUCUUUCCCUGGGUGUGGAUUUUAUGGGAUAUAGCUUAGUAUCACUAGUCACGAAUUCAAGACAUGUUGGAAAAGACAGGAAGAUUCAUCUUUCCAUACAUGAAAAGGAUGAGCUGAAACGAAGGAAACUUUUAUGGGCACUUUAUCUCAUGAGAGAUCCAUUCUUUAGCAAGUAUACAAGGGAAAGACUUGAACGUACUGGAAAGCUAUUGGAACCAGUUCCUGUAAUUGGGUUCCUAACAGAAAAAAUCAUAGAGCUUGUUAUGGGAGCCCAAACACGAUAUACUUACAUGUCAGGGUCAUAAGAUGAAGAUCUUUGAGAAUUUGCACUUGACAUUGUACAUCCUGAUGCGGGUUUGAAUUUUUGUUGUUCCGCAUUUUCCUCUUCCCACCCCCCACCCAAGAUACAGGUGAAAUGUGAAAUGGUUGUUUCGGUUUGGAUUUUCGCUGUACCAUUGAUAAAUAAGAAAUACAAUAUUUUUCUUGAA